GCUCUGUAUAGCAGUCAGCAGCGCUCUGCUCCAGCCAGGCUGCUGCGCUCUCUCCACGGUCCGGAUGAAGUGAAGGACACAAGCGUGUCUCUCAUGCCGGCGGACUCUUCGUGACCAGCUGAACUCUAAACCGGACUCCAGUUACCUCGCCAGCGCGCUGAAAUAACCGGAGUGCUGAUUUAGCUGGAUAGUUGGAUUUACACUGUUUUUUUUAGAAACACAUGGAAAUGUUGCUGAAGUUGGUUUUGUUGUGGACUUGCUGGCUCGGAGUGGGAGCGGACUUUGAUGGAAGGUGGCCCAGGCAGAUGGCCUCGUCCAAUGGCCUGUGUCGUUACGGCGCGCGCAUCGACUGCUGCUGGGGCUGGACGCGGCGUUCCUGGGGACACUGCCAGCCACUGUGUCAGCACGGAUGCAAGCAUGGAGACUGCGUUGGACCCAACAAGUGCAAGUGUCACCCUGGCUUCACUGGAAAAACCUGCAACCAAGAAGAAGAACAGGACUAUAUAAACCCCCCAAUGCCUCUGUGGGACAGUUACCCCCCUGUCUUUAUUCCCACCAUGGACCAGCAGCCUGUGGGGGUGCCUCCGGAGGAUCUGAACGAGUGUGGCCUGAAGCCUCGGCCGUGCAAACACAGGUGCAUGAACACGUACGGCAGCUACAAGUGUUACUGCCUCAAUGGAUACAUGCUUCUGCCUGAUGGGACCUGUGGAAAUGCUCGGACGUGCGGAAUGGCCAACUGCCAGUACGGCUGUGAGGUGAUGAAAGGGGAAGUCCGCUGUCAGUGUCCAUCGCCUGGCCUGCAGCUGGCCCUGGAUGGCAGGACUUGCGUGGACGUGGACGAGUGCGCCACAGGCCUUGCCGUUUGCCCCCGCUUCCGCAAGUGCAUCAACACCUUCGGCAGCUACAUCUGCAAGUGCCACGAUGGCUUCGAUCUGCAGUACAUCAACGGGAAAUACCAGUGCAUAGAUGUAGACGAGUGCUCUACAGGACAGCACCAGUGUGGCCCUUACUCCUCCUGCUACAACACACCAGGCUCUUUCAAGUGCAAGUGCAAGGAUGGCUUCCGUGGUGGUUUGGGCCAUGACUGUAAACCGAUCCCCAAAGUGAUUAUAGAACCUCCCAGACCUGGAAAGACCACGCCCAGCAACAACAACAGGAUUCCAGACGCUGACCAGAAAAGAACCACUACUGCCAGACCACCAGUGACCCCUAAGAGGACUCCCGCAACAACACCGUCUACCACCACCCCUACCAAGGCACCUUCUCCCCCAAAGACAGCUCCUCCACCACCACCACCUAAGAAACCCACCAUCCCAACCCGCAAGCCUUCUGUGCCCACUCGCAGACCCCCAGUCAUCACCCAAAAGCCGUACGUCCCACCUCGCCGACCUGCUACCACCAAAGCGCCACCGCCCACACCCCGGGUCCCUCUGAUUCCCACCCGCAGACCUCCUGCCCCUCCAGUGACCCAACUAGACAACAACAUUAACAAAGACAUUACAGAGAAACAGAGAGGAGAUGUCCACAUACCACGGAAUCAUGGGCAGAACAAUGUUCUUGAUAUCGAUUAUGAUAUUGAACUGGGCAACACAGAAGAAGAAGUAAAAGAUGACCCAGACACUGGAUAUCUGAGCUGCUCGUUUGAUCAUGGUCUCUGUGGCUGGAUCCAGGUCAGAGAGGGUGACGUGCACUGGGAGACGGUACCAGACCCUUCAGGGGGCAAGUAUCUGACCAUCUCCGAGGUGCUGGGUAAGAGGAGUGGACGUGGAGCCCAGCUGGCUCCCCUGACCAUGCCCUGGAACGAAGGCAACCUGUGUCUGGCUUUUCGACAUAAGAUGGCGGGUCACCACGUGGGCAUGCUGCAGGUGUUUGUGCAAAAGGGCCGUCAGCACAGCCCGGCCGUGUGGGGUCGAACAGGUGGGAGCGGCUGGAGAUCCACACAGAUCACACUGUGGGGCAACGGACUGGAAAGUGUGAUAAUGAAGGGUGAGCGCAGGAGAGGCCGUACCGGUGAGAUGGCACUGGACGACAUCAGCCUGAGGAGAGGGGCGUGUCAGGAAGAGCACAACCUGAGGAGGCUCUAACAGCAACAUCUGCACAGACUCUUCACACGUAGCUGCAGCCGCCCACAGGGAGGGACAUGCUUUCCCUGCCAGUUCCCUUGAGGCUCUGGUGCGUUUCCUCCAGCCUCCUGCCCAGGCUGCCAGUGCAUGCUCCAGUAGUGCUCCAUGCCUACAGUACCCAGAUCAAAUUGUGAAUAUAGCAAAACUAAAUUGGAAAAAACAAGUUCUGAACAAGGACAAUGUGUCGAUUUUUCUACGUCACUCUCUUCAAUUUCCAGUUCACCUCAACCCCCAAACAAAUGCAGAAGAAUGGAAAUGAGCUGUGCUGUGGUCACAUAUAUGCUCUUAAGACUGCCUUUUUAAAGCCUUAAACUAGCCAAUGAGAGCAUUAUGUGCUUCAUCAGAGCACUUAAGCGCUACCUGAGAGACAACCUAUUUCCAUUGUACUAUUGUAAAUGUAUCCGUGUGUAUAUAGCUAUAUAUAUAUAUAUAUAUUUCAACAACCCAUAUAUGCUUUGCUGGUGCAUAAUUUCAGUAUGUGAAUUCUUCAUGUUUAAGUGAUGCAGGGCAAUGUUUACAUGACCCGACUUCAUGUUUUCUUGACAUUAUGUAUAUUGUAAAUUACAAACCAGUAAAAUUGUUUUGCAUUACAGUUUCUAAGUGGCUGUAUCAGCCAUCCUAUAUUGGCAUAUGAUACUAAUGCUCACCCUUUAAACCUUACAGUAGAGUCAGAUCUUUUUGACCUGAAAUCCUGUGGUCCUCAGUGGUCCUCACUCUUGUUUUAAUAGACAAAAAUGAUGUCAGUAUUCAAAGAUUUAUGCCAAUAAAAGUCAUGAACAUUAGAUGUA